AUGAUUUCUCUAAUGUGUUCUAACUCGGAUUUAUCCACUGCUGCCCUUAUUUUCUACACUUGUGUGUGGAUCCCAUAUCUUCAGCUGAAGAAAGCUCUUCUCAGGGUACUUGGCUUUGUCUUUCCAUGGUAUCAAGCAGAGGAGAGCUGCCAGGUGAUGAAUGUUUGCCUACCGGUGGCAAGGUUUGAAGAUUUGAAACUUUCUAACGGCAGCAGAGGAAGUACAAACGGAGAAGAAGUAGAGGAAGUGUGCUCCAUUUGCUUGGUGGAGUUCGAGAAGGAAGACGUUGUGAGCCAACUCCACAAAUGCGGACAUCUGUUCCAUAUGAACUGCAUUGAGAAAUGGCUGGACCGUGAUCAAUUCACCUGCCCACUUUGCAGGUCUUUCUUGUUUGCUAAUACAAAUUCUUCUCAUACAAAAUGCGGAACCGAUAGUCCACAAACCACCUCCAACCUACUUUCUUCUUGGCUUUCAUUUUAA